ACAGCGCAAUCUAUUCAGUUAUACGCUCUAAAGUGCCCGUCACGAUUGGCGAAUAUGAGUCACGAUACUACAUCAUCGCUCCCAAACAGGCUUUGCCGUAUUUGAUCUCUUCGCCUUCCCCUUAUUCCUCUUCUUCCCCCAUCCCUUCGCCCUCCUCUUCCUCUUCCCCGUUCUCUUCCUCCAUCAUCACCGAAAUCGAACCAUGCCCGCCAUCCUCCCCAGCGAUCAAAUCUGUCCUGUCUUCGUUUGCUUCCAAAGGCAUCGAAUUUAUUCACGGAAAAUGGCUUGUCGAAGGCGCGCCGAACAUGAUUUUAUUUGAUACCAAGUCGGUUAAGAGUAGAUUAGACGAAUGGAAAGGAGAUCUAUGGAAUAUAGGACACAUUCCAUGUCCAGAAAAGGAUGAAGAGAUGAAUGAUGCGAUCUUGUUUGGGAAUUUAGUUGCUAAAUUUUUGGAUGAGUUUUCAACUACGUCAUGCUCAACUGCAAUCAUAUCUCACUUCUAUGACUGGCAAGCGAGCGUCGCAAUUCCAUUAAUUCGGAAGCGUCACGUUGAUGUAACAACCAUAUAUAACAUUACAUAUACGGUGCUUGGUCGAUAUUUCUUUAGUGAGAAGAAGUGGGAAGAUAAGCAAAUAGGGGUGAAGGAUGAGGGGGAAAAGAAGAUUGAGAAAAACAAGUAUGGUAAUGGAAGAUCGGCAACGGAAAAUAAGGAUAACACAAAGAGCAAAAAAUUUAACACGCAGUCAAAUGGCAACCACGUUGAUAAUAACGAUAAUAACUUUUAUGUAAAACGUGAAAAUUCUGUCAAUAACGUUAAUACCAAUUCCAAGGACUACUGCUUGGACGACACCGCCCCUACUGCAUCGUACGCUCCACCUCGCACAAUCCUCAAAUUUAUAAAUCCAGAUGAAGAGGCGGGAAAACUGGGGAUCUAUCAUCGAUAUGCUGUGGAACGUGCUGCUGCUCAUUGUGCAGAUGUUUUCACGUGUGUUAGUUGGGUUGUUGCGUUCGAAGCCGAAAAUUUGAUUCAGAGGAAGCCGGCAAUUCAUGAAUUUCAAGAUCUUCACGCACGAUAUAAAGACCGAAUCCGCAAUUUCGUUAGAGGACAUUUCUAUCACUAUUAUUCAUUUGAUCUCGAUAAUACGUUGUAUUAUUUUAUCUCUGGUCGAUAUGAAUUCAGGAAUAAGGGUGUUGAUGUUUUUUUGGAAGCUUUAUCGGAAUUGAACGCCCGCUUAAAAGCGUGUAGUUCUCCUAUAACCAUUGUCUGUUUCCUGAUGCUUCCGGCUCCGUGUCACAGCCUCGCUGUUGAUGCUUUAAAAGGUCAGGCUGCUACGAAAAAGCUUCAAGAAGGCGUGAAAGAGAUUACGGAGCGUGUGGGGAAGAGGAUUUUUGAGAAGGCCGCAAGGUUCAACGGAAUCGACAUCUCAACCGUAAUAGACCCAUCAGACUUGUUAACUGAAGAAGAUAAAACCAUCCUCAAACGUCUUGCAAACACUGUACAUCGUUCCGGUCUUCCUCCUGUCGUCACUCAUAAUUUAGUGUAUGAGUCAACGGAUCCCAUUUUAAAUCAUCUUCGUCGACUUAAACUCCUCAAUCAUUAUGACGACAAAGUAAAAGUAAUUUUCCACCCCGAGUCUCUUUCAUCGGUUAACUCGCUACUUGGGAUUGGAUACGAGGAGUUUGUAAGAGGAUGCAAUCUAGGAGUGUUUCCGAGUUAUCACGAACCGUGGGGAUUCAAAGCGGAGGAAUGCAUGGCCAUGGGCGUGCCGGUAAUUUUGAGCAAUUUAUCGGGUUUCGGAUGUUAUGCGGGAGAGGCUAUUGGGGAGAAUGCAAACGACUAUGGUGUAUACAUCGCCGAUAGGCAAUUCAAAUCGCGUACCGACACUAUCAAACAACUCACAGACUUUAUGCUACACUUUUGUCAAAAAACACCACGCCAACGUCAAUGUCAACGAAAUCGUACGGAGAGACUAUCAGACAUGUUUGACUGGAAAAUUGUCGGAAUGGAAUAUGUGCGGGCAAGAAAAUUGGCCUUAAGGCGAAGUUACCCCGACGCCUUUCUUGGAACUGUUUGGGACGAGGAGGAGGACCGUGAAGAAGUGAAAGAAAAGAGGCGAGGGAUUUUGAAGCCGGUUGUUGAGCCAUCUUCGCCGAAAAUUCGACAUGGAAGGAUUGUGGACGAUCAACUAGAAUUGUUUAAGAUGGAAAUGGACGACGAUAUUGAGGACGAAGAAAUUUGA